CUUCCUGGAUAUUGGGCCAGGUCAUACUGCACGUCAUAAACUUGCACCUACCCCUCCUGAAAGGUGAUAUUUUUGUAUAAAAGGAGGAACAAAAAGGUUCAUCUCAGUUUUCCAGAAGAAAGUAUACACAAAGCAGGUUACAGUGGAAGAAGUGACACUGCAUCAGGAAACCCAUCAGCCGGCUGUCUGUCACACAGGACAUUUUUCAGAAACAGUUCUGCUGCAUCACUGCCUCCUCUCGGCUCCUCAUCAUGAAGAUAUUGGCUCUGGGACUUUGCACACUGGCUCUGCUGGUAUUGGGAAAGGUUGAAGGAACAACAACUGAAGCACCAACCUCUUCACCUCCCACCACUUCAAGCACUGGAAAAAUUUCAACUAUGACCGGUGCUACCACCACGAGCACUCCUACCAGCAAUACAACUCCAACCGUCCCUCCAACCACCCAUGAGACCACAUCUGUGAGUCACACUUCAGCCACUGCUGCCCCAACUUCUUCUGCCACUUCUACUUCUCCCACAACUGUUGCCCCGACGACCCCCAAGACAAGCGCCCGAACCACUACUGCAAGUGGUUCGACCAACUUGACACCAGAGACUAAAAUCACUACCACCCCAACACCAGAGACUAAAACCACUACCACCCCAGCCCCAAAGACUACUAGCACCGCAACACCAAAGACUACACCCACUUCCACCCCAGCCCUAAAGACUACUAGCACCCCAACACCGGAGACUACAACUACGACCACCCGAGCCCCAAAGACUACUAGCACCCCAACACCAGAGACUACAACUACGACCACCCCAGCCCCAAAGACUACGACCACCCCAGCCCCAAAGACUACGACCAUCCCAGCCCCAAAGACUACUUGCACCCCAACACCAAAGACUACACCCACUACCACCCCAACACCACCUGGCACUACGAUUUCAGCCACCACCAAACACAACGGAGGCUCAGAAGUCAAAGCCUCUCUUCUGUUUUCUGUCGCACCAUUGUUGCUCUACGUGCUCUGCCACUGACGUGCAAAAAUUAAAGGACUAGAGGACUCCUCAAUGUGUCUCAGUUUAUAGAAGGUUGGACUGAAUGCAAAUCCAUAGAAGAGGCUGAA